UGAAUUAUUUAAAAUUAUAGAUACAUUAAAAUAUUCUACAUGAAAUGUGAAAAUGACUGUUCUAUUCAGCUAUAAAAAUCUACUAUUAGUAGAUCACCGCGACUUCAUAACAAAUGUUUAUAAAAACGUAAAUAAUCAACAUCAGAGUAUUACAAUUAACUCAAAAAUGUUUUGUAUAAAAGGUGGGAGAAGUAAUUUGAUACUUAAUAGAAAGAGAACACGCGAUUGUGAGCAGCUAUUAGAAGAAACACUUAAAAUUAAACAAAUGCACAAUGAACUCAUAACAAAAUUACCAUUGGAAAUGAAGUUACGUUUAAGUGAAAAGUAUGAUGUAUUGGAAACAUCACUUGUCAGGGAGUUAGCACAGAAGCACUUUGAAUCAACAAUAUUUGAUCACCAAGGGUUGAAGGGCGGCAAUAAUUCGGAUACUCCUUUGAAAUGUAUGAUCAAAGAAGACAACUACCUGAUACCACAAAACUCCAGAUUCUUCUGUGGUUGUGUGAAAGAACAAUGUGCUAAAUUAAAAGGCGAUAAAUUCGAUAUCCUGAUAGCUGAUCCUCCUUGGUGGAAUAAAUAUAUCAGAAGGCUAAAGGGAGCUAAUAAUAAAUUGAGCUAUUCCAUGAUGUACAAUGAGGACAUAGCAUCAAUACCUGUCAAAGAACUCCUAUCAGAAAACUGCCUUAUUGCUGUAUGGUGCACCAAUUCACCUAGUAAUAUAAACGCUGUUAAAAAUCUUAUAUUUCCCAAAUGGGGCGUUGAAUAUGUAACAACUUGGUACUGGUUAAAGUUAAACAUAGAUUUCACACCACUCUGUGAGUUUGCUAACGGAUGUAAAAAGCAGCCGUAUGAAAGAAUUGUUAUAGGCAAAGUUGGCAAUGUGUGUGUGCCAAAUGACAAAUUGGUGGCUAGCAUACCAAGUGCAUUGCAUUCACACAAACCUCCGCUAUUGGAUCUACUAAAACCCUGCAUCGAUGUAGAAAAGCCUCAGAUUUUAGAAUUAUUCGCUCGGUACCUCCUUCCGAAUACGACCAGCGUGGGCUACGAGCCUCUGAAAUGGCAACAUGUAUCUUUAUACGAAGAAGUUUUUGAUAUUACUUGAGUAUACUUUCUAUGUAAUAAAGAAUGAAUUUUAUUACCUCGG